AGGAGCAGAAACUCAGCAACAAACAUGAAGAAGAUUGUUGUUCUGAUGUUWRCAUUUGGCAUCUGUCUUUCUGAUCGUGGACCUGAUGACAAAAAUGACAACGCCUGUCAGGUUGCAGACUCGGUUGGCAGCUGUAACAUCUCUUUUCUCACAUCCAUAAUUCUAAAAGUGGGAGAACUGGGGGAGAAGGUUGUAAACAUGGCAGAAAAAAUUWCUUUUCUGGAUACCAGGCUGCAAAACGCCGAAAAAGAAGUUCUGGAGUUACGGAGCCUCACUGGAGGCUCUCCUCAGGUGGCUUUUUCAGCAGCUCUCAGGGAUUCUGGUUCUGGAAACAUAGGACCUUUUACCACUGCUACCCCAUUGCAGUACAAAAAGGUUUUCUCCAACACAGGGAACUGCUAUAAUCCAUCAACAGGUAUUUUCACAGCAACGGUCAGUGGAAUGUACUUCUUUCGGUUCUCCAUGUUCAACAACAUGACUCCUGCUCCCAACUCGGUUGUGAGUCUCAUGAAGAACAGUGAACGGCUGACGUCAGUGUGGGACACCRCUGCGUCUGACGUUCACGACAGUGGAAGCAACGCUGUGGUCAUCUCUCUGAAAGUGGGAGACAGCGUGUUCGUGCAGCUGGAGCCAAACAGGCUCAUCUAUGAUGAUGGGAUGCACUACAACACAUUCAGCGGCUUCCUGCUCUUCCCCAUGUGA